CGCGGCAGAAGGAGGUGGAGGAGGCGGAGGAGAGAGCCCGCGAGGGAGGGUCUGCCCGGCCCCCCGCCGCCGGAGCCGCUGCCGCCGCCUCUGCCGCCGCUGGAGGAGGAGCAGCAGAACAUGGCGCCGGGGCCGCCGUCCCCGCUGCCGGGAUCUCGGAGGCCGGGGCCGCGUUGAGGGCGCCUAACUGGAAGAAAUGUUGGCAAUUUGGCGAUAGAAGUGGUGAAAACUGACCUUAAAGUGGUAUACAAGCACCGUGGGACCUGACACUUUCGCUGCACGGGCGCCAGCCCCCACUGAUAAUGUUGGGCAGCCCCUGGGUCCACAGCAAAACACUAAUCUGAUCUCGGAAGUGGCUGAUUGUGGCAGGAUGUGUCGACGAUGAUGAUGGCAAGAAAGCAAGAUGUCCGCAUUCCCACCUACAACAUCAGUGUGGUGGGCUUGUCUGGGACGGAGAAGGAGAAGGGCCAGUGCGGCAUCGGGAAGUCGUGUCUGUGCAACCGCUUCGUGCGCCCGAGCGCGGAUGAGUUCCACUUGGACCAUACCUCUGUCCUCAGCACCAGUGACUUCGGGGGGCGAGUGGUCAACAAUGACCACUUCCUCUACUGGGGAGAAGUUAGCCGGUCCCUGGAGGAUUGCGUGGAAUGUAAGAUGCACAUCGUGGAGCAGACUGAAUUCAUUGAUGAUCAGACUUUUCAACCUCAUCGCAGCACGGCCCUGCAGCCCUAUAUCAAGAGAGCUGCUGCCACCAAGCUCGCAUCGGCUGAAAAACUCAUGUACUUUUGCACUGACCAGCUGGGGCUGGAGCAGGACUUUGAGCAGAAACAAAUGCCAGAUGGAAAGCUGCUAAUUGAUGGUUUUCUCCUUGGUAUUGACGUUAGCAGGGGCAUGAAUAGGAACUUUGAUGACCAGCUCAAGUUUGUCUCCAAUCUCUACAAUCAGCUGGCGAAAACAAAAAAGCCCAUAGUGGUGGUCCUGACUAAGUGUGAUGAGGGUGUGGAGCGGUACAUUAGAGAUGCGCAUACUUUUGCCUUAAGCAAAAAGAACCUCCAAGUUGUGGAGACCUCAGCGAGAUCCAACGUAAAUGUGGACUUGGCUUUCAGCACCUUAGUGCAACUCAUUGAUAAAAGUCGGGGAAAGACGAAAAUCAUUCCUUACUUUGAAGCCCUCAAGCAGCAGAGUCAGCAGAUAGCUACAGCAAAAGACAAGUAUGAGUGGCUGGUGAGUCGCAUUGUGAAAAACCACAAUGAGAACUGGCUGAGUGUCAGCCGGAAGAUGCAGGCCUCCCCCGAGUACCAGGACUACGUGUAUCUGGAAGGGACUCAGAAAGCCAAGAAGCUGUUUCUCCAGCACAUCCACCGCCUCAAGCACGAGCACAUUGAGCGCAGAAGGAAGCUGUACCUGGCAGCCCUGCCAUUAGCCUUUGAAGCUCUCAUACCCAAUCUAGAUGAAAUAGACCACCUAAGCUGCAUAAAAGCCAAAAAGCUGUUGGAGACCAAGCCAGAAUUCUUGAAGUGGUUUGUUGUGCUUGAGGAGACCCCGUGGGAUGCCACCAGCCACAUCGACAACAUGGACAACGAGCGGAUUCCCUUUGACGUCAUGGACACCGUCCCAGCAGACCAGCUGUACGAGACCCACUUAGAGAAGCUGCGGAACGAGAGGAAAAGAGUUGAAAUGAGAAGGGCGUUUAAAGAAAACCUGGAGACCUCUCCUUUCAUAACUCCCGGAAAGCCUUGGGAGGAGGCCCGCAGUUUCAUCAUGAAUGAAGAUUUCUACCAGUGGCUGGAAGAAUCUGUAUACAUGGAUAUCUAUGGCAAACACCAAAAGCAAAUUAUAGACAGAGCAAAAGAAGAGUUUCAGGAGCUGCUUUUGGAAUAUUCAGAAUUGUUUUAUGAGCUGGAGCUGGAUGCUAAGCCCAGCAAGGAGAAGAUGGGUGUCAUUCAGGACGUUCUGGGGGAAGAACAGCGAUUUAAAGCAUUACAGAAGCUCCAGGCGGAGCGCGAUGCCCUCAUUCUGAAGCACAUUCACUUUGUGUACCACCCGACCAAGGAAACGUGCCCUAGCUGCCCGGCGUGUGUGGACGCUAAGAUUGAACACUUGAUUAGCUCUCGGUUUUUCCGACCAUCUGAACGGAAUCAGAAAAAUUCACUCUCUGAUCCCAACAUUGAUAGAAUCAACUUGGUUAUCUUGGGCAAAGACGGCCUUGCCCGAGAGUUGGCCAAUGAGAUCCGAGCUCUUUGUACAAAUGAUGACAAGUAUGUGAUAGAUGGUAAAAUGUACGAGCUUUCCCUGAGGCCAAUAGAAGGGAACGUCAGGCUUCCUGUGAACUCUUUCCAAACGCCUACAUUUCAGCCCCACGGAUGUCUCUGCCUUUACAACUCAAAGGAAUCUCUGUGCUACGUGGUGGAGAGUAUAGAGAAGAGUCGAGAGUCCACACUUGGCAGGCGAGACAAUCACUUAGUCCACCUCCCCCUGACAUUAAUUUUAGUUAACAAGAGAGGAGACACCAGUGGAGAGACUCUGCAUAGCUUAAUACAGCAAGGCCAGCAGAUUGCUAGCAAACUUCAGUGUGUCUUUCUGGACCCCGCCUCUGCUGGCAUCGGUUAUGGACGCAACAUUAACGAAAAGCAGAUCAGUCAAGUCUUGAAAGGACUCCUGGACUCGAAGCGUAACUUAAACCUGGUCAGUUCUACGGCCAGCAUCAAAGAUCUGGCUGACGUUGACCUGCGAAUUGUCAUGUGUCUGAUGUGUGGAGAUCCUUUUAGUGUCGACGACAUACUCUGUCCUGUCCUUCAGUCGCCAGCCUGUAAAUCUUCCCAUUGUGGAAGCAACAACUCUGUUUUACUUGAACUACCAAUCGGACCACACAAGAAGCGCAUUGAACUGUCUAUUCUUUCAUACCAUUCCUCGUUUAGCAUCAGAAAAAGCCGGUUGGUCCAUGGGUACAUUGUUUUCUAUUCAGCCAAACGUAAGGCCUCCUUGGCCAUGUUGCGUGCCUUUCUUUGUGAGGUGCAGGACAUCAUCCCCGUUCAGCUGGUCGCACUCACCGAUGGCGCCGUGGACGUGCUGGACAACGACCUCAGCCGGGAGCAGCUGACCGAGGGCGAGGAGAUCGCUCAAGAAAUCGAUGGCAGGUUCCUAAGCCUCCCCUGCAGCCAACCCCAGCAUAAACUGGAGAUCUUCCACCCGUUUUUUAAAGAUGUGGUGGAGAAGAAGAACAUCAUUGAGGCCAGUCACAUGUACGACAACGCGGCCGAGGCCUGCAGCACCACCGAGGAGGUGUUCAACUCCCCCCGGGCCGGCUCGCCGCUCUGCAACUCCAACCUGCAGGAUUCGGAAGAGGACAUCGAGCCCCCUUCGUACAGCCUGUUCCGAGAAGACACGUCGCUGCCCUCUCUGUCCAAAGACCAUUCUAAGCUCUCUAUGGAGCUGGAGGGAAAUGAUGGGCUGUCUUUCAUCAUGAGCAAUUUCGAGAGUAAACUGAACAACAAAGUACCUCCGCCAGUCAAACCAAAGCCUCCUGUCCAUUUUGAAAUUACAAAGGGGGAUCUGUCUUACUUAGACCAAGGCCAUAGAGAUGGACAGAGGAAGUCUGUGUCUUCUAGCACCUGGCUACCUCCGGACGGGUUCGAUCCUUCUGAUUACGCCGAGCCCAUGGAUGCUGUGGUCAAGCCAAGGAAUGAAGAAGAAAACAUAUACUCCGUGCCGCACGACAGCACCCAAGGCAAGAUCAUCACCAUUCGGAACAUCAACAAAGCCCAGUCCAACGGCAGUGGGAAUGGGUCCGAUAGUGAGAUGGACACCAGCUCUCUAGAGCGAGGCCGCAAGGUGUCCAUCGUGAGCAAGCCCGUGCUGUACAGGACGAGAUGCAGCCGGCUGGGGCGGUUUGCCAGUUACCGAACCAGCUUCAGCGUGGGGAGCGAUGAUGAGCUGGGGCCCAUCCGGAAGAAAGAGGAGGAUCAGGCCUCCCAAGGUUACAAAGGGGACAAUGCUGUCAUUCCGUAUGAAACAGACGAAGACCCAAGGAGGAGGAAUAUUCUUCGCAGUCUAAGAAGGAACACUAAGAAACCAAAGCCCAAGCCCCGGCCAUCCAUCACGAAGGCAACCUGGGAGAGUAACUAUUUUGGGGUCCCCUUAACAACCGUCGUGACUCCAGAGAAGCCAAUCCCUGUUUUUAUUGAGAGAUGUAUUGAGUACAUUGAAGCCACAGGAUUGAGCACAGAAGGCAUAUACCGGGUCAGCGGGAACAAGUCAGAGAUGGAGAGCCUGCAGAGACAGUUUGAUCAAGACCACAACCUGGACUUGGCCGAGAAAGACUUCACGGUGAACACGGUGGCUGGUGCCAUGAAGAGCUUUUUCUCAGAACUGCCGGACCCGCUGGUCCCGUACAGCAUGCAGACCGAUCUGGUGGAGGCGCACAAAAUCAACGACCGGGAGCAGAAGCUGCAUGCCCUGAAAGACGUACUCAGGAAAUUCCCGAAGGAAAACCACGAAGUCUUCAAAUACGUCAUCUCUCACCUGAACAAGGUCAGCCACAACAACAAGGUGAAUCUCAUGACCAGCGAGAACCUGUCCAUCUGCUUCUGGCCCACGUUGAUGCGGCCCGACUUCAGCACUGUCGACGCGUUGACGGCCACGCGCACCUACCAGACAAUCAUCGAGCUUUUCAUCCAGCAGUGCCCUUUCUUCUUCUACAAUCGGCCCAUCAGUGAGCCUCCUGGCGCCACGCCCAGCUCCCCCUCUGCCGUGGCCUCCACCGUGCCCUUCCUCACCUCCACACCGGCCACCAGUCAGCCGUCACCCCCCCAGUCGCCUCCGCCCACCCCCCAGUCCCCGAUGCAGCCACUGCUCCCCUCCCAGCUGCAAGCCGAGCACACGCUGUGAGUCCCCAAGGCCUGGGGCAAAAGGAGGCUCGGUCUUCUCUCUUCAGGGUGGCAUUUGGCCUUGAACGCAACCAGGUCCACUGGGGCAGGUGUGGGAGGGGGUUGUCUCUCCCCUGUCCCCUCCUCAGGACCUCAGCAGCAGCACCAGCCAACAGUCCGCCAGAGGCUGGGCCGUCAGGCACCCUGAGCCUGGGGCUGGCUGCAGGCGGCGGCUGGGGGCCCUGCCCUUUGACAUGAACCCCUUUGAGGACUGAACUGGCCAGGCAGCGGCCCCAGUGGCCAUCCAUACGCUCACUGCUCCCUGUCCACGCACACCAGCCUCGGGUCACCUGCUGCUGGGACAGCCCUGGCCUUUGCCAGCGGGAAGAGGAGGCUCCAAGAUUCAGGCCGUGAGGAAAACACACAUCUGUCUCUUACCACCUUCCAUAUCUGCACCCCCACCCCUAGUUGGGGGUGCAGCCUGUCUGGAACCUCCUUGGGAACACGUAGGCCACGGCUCUGCCACCCCUAGGUACAGUGCUGAGGGCGAGUGCCUGGCCCGGCAGAACAGAGGGAGGGAGCUUCGUGCCUGCACCAAGAGAGAGUGGCUUGUCCCCGAUGGCCCUCACACCCCCCUCCCUUCCCAGGCUUCGGGGAUACAUUCCCUUUCCAACAAAGGAACACUGGGAGGAAAAUGGAAAAACCCAUGUAAUAAUUUUAAAAAGGAAAAAGGAAGACACUACAGGAAGAAAAACUACAGACCUCAAGAUUCAGCUCUCCUGCCACCUCUCUGAAAGGGAAACAGGUGGAAGGAAGGUGGCUCUUGUCUGUGUGACAGCAAAACAAGGAGGCCCGGGGGUGGUUGCCUGAGAGCCUGUUAGGGGCCCACUUAUGUCCUGUCCCCAGAUCCCCCUUUCCCCAAGAAGACAGUUUGAGCCCUUGGUGCGAAGAGCUGGGGAGACCGGCAGACCAGCCUGGAACCUGGUCUGCCUUGGGACACACGGCAGGCUGUGGAAACACUACUUCGUGUGUGUGUGCGCGCAUAUGCGUGUGUGGGGGGAGGGCAUGCCUGUGAGGGAGGGCACAGUGGAGGGUGCCGGGGUGCAUUUGGGGUUUGGUUUAGUUUACUUGGUGUUGAAGUGGAAUCAUUUUCAUCCUGGGCCCUAGUAUGCCGCCAGCAGGGGUAUUUGUGGGAAGUGGGCAGGUGUGGGGAACUGAAGUACGGUGGUCUGCUGGCGCCCACCCAGGGGCAUCCUUCAUGCUCCCAAGGCCAGCAGGGCCCAGAGGAGCUACAGGCACAAAGGCCAGCAGAGUCACGAGGAGAGCCCUUGCCUGCCUGUCACACCACCGCCACCCCCCUGCCGUGUCCUUCCCCAGCACUUCCUGGGAAAUGGCCUUCCCCUCGGCUUCCUGGCCUUUCCACUGGCCCCUGGGAGAACCCUUCUCAUGCCCCACCUCUGCCCUCCACCCCCAUCCCCCAAACACAUCAACCUUGCUAAGGCUGCUACAGAUACUGGCUGCCCUCCGCUCUGGUGGCUGGGCCACGGCCUCUGCAGUGAAGAAGCCUGACACUAAGGUACCCAGGGGUGGGGUGUGGGGUAGAGGGCCCUACACGCCACAGCCUUCCGGGUCUCUGUGCACUUUAAGAAGCAGCACCUGUGGUAUGUUUGAGGGUGCCCUGGGUCACCUCAGCCGGGUGGCCUUACGCGUAAGAUGCCUCAGAACCCCCUCCAGCCACCCCAGCCCCAGCCGCUUCACAUUGGCUGGAGGGUGUGGCAGGCCCUUUGCUGACUUCCUCCUCUGGAUAAGCUGGAUACCUUCACCAUUCUAGUUCUCGUACGGCAAAACAAGGUGCUUGGGAAAACUAAAUUAUCCCUGCAGGCUUUACCCCCUCUUUAAGAAACAAGUCAAAAAGCAAACCCAAGGUACAUGGAUGUUUUAUGUAACUGUUGGAUGAUGGAUGUUUUUCCCUUCUGGUGGAGCUGUGCCUGAUGCUUUAGGUUGGGGUGGGCUGGAAGGUGGUAUUUGUGUUUAGUUUUCACAAGAGGUUGGCAGACCCCCAGGCAGAUGAGGAAAUGAAUUUCUCACUCUUCUAGGUCAUGCUCACCUACUCCCAGUCAGCCCUUCAAGGUAUUGGGUUCCAGUUAAAGAAAAGCCAUGAAGGUGGCCUGGAGCCACUGUCCCUUGUGUGAACUAAAACAGGUAGCCUCGUUCCCUUCCACUGCCACCACCUUGUGCUGGGGCACUAGGCCACCCCCCACACAUACUGCCACCUACAACCUCAGCUCUGCACCAGGAACUCUCCCCCCAACGCCCUUGGCUUCCCACACCACCCAUCCCUGCACAGAUGUGUACAUUGCAGGGGAUUUGGGGGGGUGCAUGGGGAGAGGAGGAGCAGAGGAGGAGCAGCUGUGCUUUGCAUCCUCACCCCUGUGCAGCCCCACAGCGCCCCCUGGUAGCCAGCCUGUGAAGCUGCAGGCCCCUCUCGCGCCUGCGGGUGUCCUGCCAGGACUUAAAAGGUGCGGGCGGGCGGGGACUGGUGGCUCGUGCCCCGUCAGAGCCACAGUGGGCAGGAAGUUCCAAGGCUUCCUCUUGUUUCUGUUUGCUAACUCUUAAGUUUCUCUUUUCUGCUUCUCCAGGCUGACUCGGACUAGGGGACAUUUCUUGGUCAUUCUGAGUUGGCAUUGCCAUUAGUAGCAGUACUGGGCCUCAGCUUCCAGUCGGGGGUCGGCAUUCGGACCAAAUAGGCACUUGGAGGAGACCCAUAAGGGAGAGCCGGGGCGUGUAUUGUGACACUGCCUUAAACAGAAUGCCACCCACAGCUCGGAACUGAGAUGGCAGGCAGGAAGGGGUCAGCUGGGCUAUGGGACUUGCUCCGUGUCCCACAGUGGAAUAGUGGUAUGUCUAGCAGCUCUUUUCCUGUCCAGUGUUCUUUGUAUGCCCACAAGAGUGUAGAUGCCACGCUUGGGGAGAAUGGAUAGCCCUUGGUUGUAAGCGGAAGGCUGGUUCUGGUUCUGAUGCUGCCACGCCGGGAGGGAGGGAGACGGUCCACGGUCAGGAGGCAUUGCUUGUAGAUUCAGCCCAAAUUGUUGGCUGUGUUACCAUUGGCUGUCAGCAUACUGUCAAGUCGGCCAUCACUGAUACUUGAGAAACAAUGCUGAGAACUUGGCAGUACUGUUUCUGUGGGUUCUGCACCCCACCGCCACCUUGGUCCGUCUACCUGCUUAACACGGGAAGCAUGCUGCCAGGCGAUUUUUCUAGCAGCCUGUGUGUCUGCCAGGGUGGACAGCGGAUGAUACAGGAGCAGAGUGCUGGCCAGAGGGCCCCGGGAGAGUGCACUCCUUCCCUGGCCCUAUGCCUCUGCUCCUGGUGGGGAUGGGAGCCUCCAGGGAGACCGACCCCCAGGGGAGGGGUGUCCCAGCGUCAGCCCUGAAACUUGAAAACAAACUGCAGCAUUUGUAACCUGAAGUCAUCCAUCUGUGCCCCCUCCCUUCCUCUCCUGUGAGAACACACUGCUUUGGGGGUGCCUGCUACACGAAAUAGUGGACAGUGGCCAAGGAAAUGGACAGGGCUCUGCUCAGCCAACUGCUGCUUUUCCGGGGGAGGAAGCCCUAGGGACUUGGGUGAGUUGCUGGGGACCAGGUUCCCUCACUCCACAAUCCUCGUGUGUAAUGGGCAUGGUCUGCCAUGGUUCGUGGGAAUGGGCCCAAAGAGCUGGGGUUAGUCACGGUGCUCUGCAGACAGUGGCCAGUUGCCCUCCUGUUGCUUGGCAGGUUCAAGCCACUCAUUUGCACUUAGGUGAAAGGACAGUCCUGUAUGCCAGAAACCUAAGUCACAUCUGGGACUGGUGGGGAUGGCACCAGGGAGGGAAUGGUAUGAGGGGAAAGGCCUUUCUCCUCUCCCAAGGUCUGGGCUGCCCCCGGGCUGUGCCUGUGUCGCUGUCUUAGGGAUCCUUCCCUCCUCUGGAGGCCACCUUUCAGCUGGCCUGCCUGCCUGCAGACUCCUCCCGGUCAGAGGUAACCGCCCUUCCGCUCCCACUCCUCCAGCCCCAGCAGCCCUCCUUCGGCUGCUCAAACAGCAGUGAUGUUACACUUUCAAUGUAGUUGAGACAGGGCGUAAGUUAUUGUUUGCAUAAAAAAGAAUCAUGUUCCCUGUGUACAUUAAAGAAAAAGGAAAUGUCUCUGAAUUGUAUGGGAAUAAAACUUGUUUGAAAAUUUGGAA